GGUAGGAGGGACUACACCCUAGCUCUGCCCAGGAUAGGAAUCCUUUCGUGUGGACUGUGGCGCUUCGUCCCUACGAGUCAAGAAAAAGAAAACAACUCGUCGAGUGACACGUUCCUAUCCCCACGAUCACUGCCAUUGACUUAUGGAUUGGUUUUAGUAAUAAACAAAAAUAAAUAAUAACAUUAUGGAUUUCAACGUCAAAAGAUUAGCAGCUGACGCCGGCACUUUUCUAAGCCGAGCAGUGCAGUUUACAGAAGAGAAGCUUGGCCAGGCUGAGAAGACUGAACUAGAUGCCCAUCUGGAGAAUCUUCUAGCCAAAGCAGAAUGCACAAGACACUGGACAGAGAAAAUAAUGAAGCAGACAGAAAUUUUGUUGCAGCCAAACCCAAAUGUCCGAAUAGAAGAAUUUCUGUACGAGAAACUGGAAAAAAAAGCUCCCACUCGAAUGAACAAUAAUGAACAGUUGGGGGAGUCUAUGAUAGGUUCUGGAAAUGAGUUUGGUCCAGGAACUGCAUAUGGAAAUGCUCUCAUAAAGUGUGGUGAAACACAGAAACAGAUUGGAAUUGCUGAAAGAGAGUUCAUACAAAGCUCAGCCAUUAACUUCCUAACGCCUUUUAGAAACUUCCUGGAAGGGGAUUUCAGAACUGUGUCAAAAGAACGCAAGUUGUUGCAGAACAAGAGACUCGACCUGGAUGCUGCAAAAACGAGAUUGAAGAAAGCUCGAGUAGCAGAGGCCAGAGCAGCACUUUGGACCGAGGAAGUGACACAAGCUGAGCAGGAGGUUAGAAUAGCACAGAGCGAGUUUGAUCGGCAAGGGGAGAUCACCAGACUUCUGCUUGAAGGAAUCAGCAGCACGCAUGCACACCAUCUCCGCUGUCUGAAUGACUUUGUAGAAGCACAGACAACUUAUUAUGCACAAUGUUACCAGUACACGGUGGACCUCCAGAAGCAACUUGGAAGCUUUCCAACCACACUUACUUCCAACAACAACCAAAACUCCUCCAGCUCAGCGCAGAGCAUCUCUCUUCCCUCCAUUCCUGUUUCUUCCAAGCUGUCCGCUCCAGCCAAUUCCAUUGUCACUUCAGGCUUCAGUGAGCUGAGGGCAUCGAGUGGCACCAGAAAGGCCAGAGUGCUCUAUGAUUAUGAUGCCGCGGACAGCAGUGAGUUGUCUCUACUGGCAGAUGAGGUCAUUGCCGUGUAUAGUGUUCCUGGAAUGGAUACUGAUUGGCUUAUGGGUGAAAGAGGAACCCAGAAAGGAAGAGUGCCUAUUACCUACCUGGAGCUGCUAAACUAAGCCUGUACGUGCCAAGAGAGAGAAAGAGAAACGUUAUUACAGCUGCGGUUUCAUAUUUAUAUGCAAUUAACUUUUUAUGAAGCAAUUUUAAAUGUCUUAUUUUCAUAGCGGCCAGCAGAACUGACCACUGGUUUCAUGGCAGACAGUUGCAUGAUUAAUAUCACAGACUCAAUUGAGAAAGAUCUGGAAGCUUUGAAUAUUCAUGUGCCAACAAGACUUUCAUAAUUUAGUUUUCUACUGAAAGUUUCACUAACUGCAAACAUCAGUCUUUGUACUUUAGUGCUUAAAAUAAAUGUAAUUUGCCAAUUAA